AUGGCACCUCGACGUGGAGGCUCAAGCUAUUACUCCUACUAUGAAAAUAGUGCCUGGAGUCAAACGACCAUCCUGUCGCUAGAAUAUGGAUACUCUGGCUAUGGGAGCAAUCGCAAUAACUACAAGAAUCUCUAUUAUGCGAUGUUCGCUUUUGAUAUCCUCACUCUUUUAGCAUUUGUUGCUUUUCUCAUCUGGUCAUGCACCAUUCGGAACCGUGGCUUGCCGCUAAAAGCACUCAUUUCCGCACUCAUCUCCAACAUCCUGUCCCAGAUAUGCACCAUCGUAGUGGAAGCCCUCUACAUUGCCAACGCCGAGGUGAUGAGAUACUAUCUCAUCACUUACAUGUUGUCCGGAUUUUUCCAUUAUCUGGGAAUCUGCCUGACAUUCUAUGUCUUCUGGAGCAUAAUCCACCGCGUGCUAGGUCGUCUCACAGACUCUGGAAAACCCUAUGCUGCAGUGACCAUCUUGCACUGGGUCCUACUAGGCUUCACCAUAGUGCUUUCCCUCGCCGUCUGGGCCAUUUAUGUGGCUUAUGUCGCAGGAGACGUGACAUACAGGUACUACAUAAGUGUAUACGAUUAUAUCAAGAUAGGCAGCUCUCUGCGUAUCAUCUAUUGGGUUCUGUCCUUGGAGAUCCUGGCUUGGACGAUUUUCGCCAUCGUCAAAGCCGGAACCCAUCGCUUCGUGUCGAAGAUGCCCGCAUUUGCAUUGACCGGCGCUGCAGUUGGAUGGUUCGCCAUCAACCUCACCUACAUGGUGAUUUGGGUCCGCUAUAACCUCCUGAGAAUCAACAGCCGUGUUAUAAAUCCCGAAUAUCUCAAUACCGCCCAAGCGGUUGUCAACUUUGUCUUCUGGGUUGCCACCUUCGUGGGCCUUCUACUCUGCUGCUCCAAAUGGAGGAGGCUUGGCGAAGAGCCGGACAAAUACGAUGCACCGGCUCAAUACCCUUACCCUCAGUAUCCACAGGCCCAGGCACAGUACCCACCUGGUCAAUAUGCUCCUGGACAUUACCCACCAGCUCAGUAUCCCCCGGGACAGUAUCAGACUCCUUAUCCCAACCAGCCUCACGGAACUGCCCCGUAUCACGACUACGCGCAGAACCCUUCACCAACUGCACUGCCUCAGCGUGCUACUUCCCCGCAGUAG